UUUAUAAAUUAUGCUCUUUUUAAUUUGUUCACCGUUAAGACUCUUUCAAAGUUUAAUAUAUUAGAGUAUCUAACUUCGUAUUACUGAAAGGAAACCGGAUGUCCUUUCGGCGCAAAUGAAAACUGAUAAUAUAUCAGGAAAAUCGAGAAUUGACGUAUUUUGUAUCAUACAGGAAAUCUUCGUGGUGAAAGUUAUUGGAAACGUUUACAAACAUUUUAUAUUUAAAAACUUCCAAACGAAAGAUUCUAUUAAAUAUUUUAUGUUCUCUCCUCUUUGCGAAAAAAUUUCUGAAUCCCUCCCCCCCAAAAAGAUAUUUAAAUUUAAAUGGUUGUAUUUUUAAAUCUUAUCUUCUUAUAAAAUAAUUAUACAUUCAUCUAUAAAGUCAAAGGAUGCUGAAAAUAGAAAGUAAAUAACUUUAUUACCGGAUGCCAAUGGCGAAAGAAGCCAGAAAAUAUAUCCAAUGCAACGCGGUGGGUGAUAAAGGCGUUGGAAAAACUUCUCUCCUUUUAGCUUAUGAGAAAAAAAGAUUUCCAACUGAAAUUGACCUCAUAAAGGCCAAAUGUAGUUCACCGUAUAUAUCAGUAUCAGUGAAGUGUAAAUCUCGGACUGUCGAUUUAGUCGAUACUGUAACACUUGAAACAGAUACACAUAUGAGGCCUUUAUUUUAUAAGGGGGCACACAUUUUCCUUGCUUGCUUCUCGGUUGUCUUACCUUCUACUCUGGAAAGCCUCAAGAUGCAGUGGAUUCCAGAGAUUGCUUUUUAUUGCCCGGAAACACCCUAUAUUUUGGUUGGAACUCAGAUCGACUUGAGAGAUGAUAGCACAAUGGUUGAACAUUUAACUGAAAACAACUUGAAGCCCAUCACAUCAGAAGAGGGCCGAAAACUGGCUAAGGAAUUGGAAGCUGUUCAAUACCUUGAAUGUUCAGUUUUUACCCAAGAAGGGUUGGAGGACUUGAUGAAGGAAAUAGUGCUCUCAGCGGCAGCAGUCCCCAGAAUGAAGAGAAAGCUAAAAUGUUUUAUCUUAUGAAGUUUUUAUGUUACUGAGUGUCAUAUUUUUCAUUUGAUGUUAAAUGGAUGAAAGAAAAUAUCUUUAUUAUUUUCAAGAAUGAUACGAUAUGUUUCUGAAUUUUAUUGGUAGAUUCUCAAAUUUACAAAUAGCUAUUCAAAAAGAUGAAGAUCAGCACAUAUUUUUUCUCAAGAUAAAGUAAUAGUAUAAAUUAGUUUAUACUCUCAUAUAAUUGAAGACAGAAUUACAUAAUUCAAAAAAUUCAGUAAUAUCAGUUCGAAGAAUUGAAACACGAUAGGACAUAUUGCAAGAAUCUCCAGUUUCCAAUUUCUUAGAUCACUUUUACAUUCAAAAACCAUCAAACAUGAAAAUUGUGAAUUUGCAAAAGAUAGUUCAUAAUAAGCCCUUGAUUACACGAGAUCUCCAUGCUAUUGUUCAAUAUUUUGAAUGUUAUAUCCUAUUGAAGAAUAUUGUAUUGUUGAUAUUUUGUGCUAAUGAAUAGGCUAUAGAAUGUUAUACAUGAAAGUUAAUAUGGUGCUUUAAAAGAUUGGUAGAGUGUUGCAAAUCAUAUCUGAAACACAUCAACCAAGUGUCAUUGGAAUAAUUUUAAUCUUUGUAGUUUCAUAAGAAAUCUCCAAAUAUUGCUAACUGUUGCAUCUCGGUUCUUGGAAGAACCUCUUAUGAUUAAAAACCAAAGAAAUAAAACUAUUUAAAAAUAUCUUUCCACAUUUCACUUGUGUAAAAAGUACUCUUUUUUUUCCUUUAUUUGAGAUUGUAGCUGAAAUUAAUUCUUUGGUUUGUUCGAUUUUU